AUGGCUCAGGUGGGCGCGAAUAAUGGAACACAAAAUGGACAUUUCAAUCAAAUGUUAGCAGGUCAGAACUUUAUGAUGUCAAACCCUAUGUACUAUAAUAAUAGUAACAGUAACAGCCAAUUCAUGCAAAUGAACUCUGCUUCUCCUGCAUUUUCUCCUAACAAUACACCUUCAUCGCCGAUGGCCAAUACACAUCAAAUGGACAUGCUAUCUGAGAUCUUACAACGUCUCAAUUCAAUGGAUCAAACAUUGACUCAGUUAGAUACAAUACAGUGUUCGGUCACAAACCUAACGGAACGCAUUGAUAUAGUUGAGCAGACGAUCAAAGGUUUUGAGGUCAAAUUUCAAGAAAUCGAGAGGAGUCGUCAGUUUGACAGUAAUGACCUCGAGGAAUUCAAUAAAAAGCAACUGCAAAUUGACUCUUCGUUGGCUAAUCUGCGUAAACUUGAAUCGGAGCAACGUACUAAAGAACAGGAAUUAAAAAGAGGAAUUACGGAUCUUAAAUGCAGAAGCAUGAGGGACAAUCUGCUGUUCUUCAAUAUUCCAGAGGAGAAAGACGAAAACUGCGAGAACAAAAUAUUAAACUUAAUAGAGGCAAAAUUGGGAAUUGAGAAUGCAAAAACCGAGAUCAAGCUUCAAAGGGUCCAUAGAAUUGGUGCAUUCAAAUCUUCCAAGAUUCGACCGAUUGUCGCAAAAUUUUAA